GUUAUUGCUCCUGUUCUUUGGAGCAUACGUUUAAGUAUGCCUUUUCAUGGUGGGAACAUUUGUCAGUGUGAGGUAAGAGCUGAUUUUGUACCCUCAGUCUAGGCUAUCGUAAAUCCUCAAGUAAAGACAGAGAUUCAAUUAGAAAACAGGCUGUGCAGCCUAAAUAAAUAAAACCCUCUGGCCACAAUUGAGGAUUUACGGUAUACUAACCUGUUCAAUUCUGUACUGCUCCUGUUCUUUGGAGUACAAGUUUAAGUAGGCCUUUACAUGAUGGGUACAUUAGUCAGUGAGAGGUAAGAGCUGACUUUGUAUCCUCAAUCUAGGCCAUACUAACCAGUUCAAUGCUCUAUUAAUACUAAACUGUAUUAUUUAAAUAAUAAUAAUUAUAAUACUAAAAUCAUGUUUUAUCCAUAGAUCACUUUUGAGGACAGCACUCAGCCACAGAUUCAAAUAGCUGCGGCUGAGUGUUCUUGUGUGGCUGGAACUGCUCUCUGCAAUCACAGUGUUGCACUGCUGUACCAGAGCACGAAAUACUCGGCAUUGCAACUGAAAGCAGUUCCGCCAGUCCUCAGCUGCACUGAAACUGAGCAGCAGUGGCAUAAGCCCCGAAAACUGGGUGUGAAACCUGGCAGAGUGAGUAAUAUGGUAUUUGUCUCAACCAAACCAAAGUCGAGACAGUACACAGCUGCUGAUGGUGUGAGGAGCAAGCGCUACAAAGCAGUGCGGGGGGACUUGCCAGACCCAGAUGUCCUGAAGGUCGACGAGGCAUACCAGGACUUCAUGGCAGACCUUGCACCAUUAAUCACCACGCUCUCCAUAAGUCCUGGUGUCCCCCUCGUCAAUUCCACUUUUGGGAGCGUUCAAGAUGGAAGCCCUAUUUCUUAUCAGCACCCUGUGCCAGUGAGUAGGGUCAUCAUCCACCACCCAGACGCACCCUCUCCACCCCCACUGCCGUUACAUGGUCACAGGCUGGACCCAAGCACAUGUUCCUUUGUGUGCACUCACCAACAACAAUGUAAUGCAAUGGCGCUUACCAUCAAUUUCGACAUGGCAAGAUCCAUUGAGAGGGCCACAAGGGAACAGAGUGGUAGCGCAGAAUGGCACAGCCUGAGGAAGAUGAGGCUCACCUCCUCAAGGUUCCGGGAGGUGUGCCAUGUCAGAGGUCACAGCUCUGCUGAGAACCUUGCCGAACGUAUCCGCAAAGGUGGGGUUCAGACAGCUCUGAUGAAGAGGGGGCUUGCACUGGAGCCAGUAGCUAUUCAGGAGUAUGCCCACAUUAAAAACAUCAGCUACUGGCCAUCAGGAUUUGUCAUCCAUCCAGAUGCUCCCUGGCUCGGUUCUUCUCCAGAUGGGGUCGUUUUUGAUCCCACGGAGGCACCACCAUUUGGGCUGGUGGAGGUGAAGUGUCCUAACGAGAAGAGCUACGUGGACUGCGGGUACCUGCGCAUGCAGAAUGGCGCCCUCCGUCUGAAGCCAAGCCACAGCUACUACUGGCAGGUGCAAGGCCAGCUGCUUAUCACAGGGAUGCAGUGGUGUGAUUUUGUGGUUUUUGCAGAGGAUGAUGUUCUUGUGCAAAGAAUUUAUAAAGAUGCUGAGGUUACCAGGGUCAUAAGGGAGAGGGGGGAUUAUUUCUUUUUCUAUCAUUUCUUAAUCUGA